CUAGGGGUGCGGCGCAGCGGCCCACCCCUCCAGCCCUGACCCGCCCCGUCCUGGCGCCCACCCCGCCCAGUGCUCUGGAAAUGCUGGGUGGCGGCUCAGUCCAGUCCGGGAGCCAGGAACCAGGGGCUGCCGGGAGCUGAUAUGGACCCAAAUCCUCGGGCAGCGCUGGAGCGCCAGCAGCUCCGCCUGCGGGAGCGGCAGAAAUUCUUCGAGGACAUUUUACAGCCAGAGACAGAGUUUGUCUUCCCCCUGUCCCACCUGCAUCUCGAGUCGCAGAGACCCCCCAUAGGUAGUAUCUCAUCCAUGGAAGUGAAUGUGGACACACUGGAGCAAGUGGAACUUAUUGACCUUGGGGAUCAGGACGGAGCAGACGUGUUCUUGCCUUGUGAAGAUCCUCCACCAACCCCCCAGACGUCUGGGCUGGUCGACCAUCCAGAGGAGCUGGGCCUGCCCAUGCACACGCCAGGCAGGACCACAUCCCGUGCUUCCUCUUCAUCUUCUGACUCCUCCACAAACCUGCACAGCCCAAAUCCCAGCGACGGUGGAGCAGACACGCCCUUGGCACAGUCUGAUGAUGAGGAGGAUGGGGGUGAUGGAGGAGCAGAGUCUGGAGCCUGCAGCUAGCAGUGGGCCUCCACCUAUGGACUGACUGCACGGGCUGUUCUCCACACAGGACCCUAAGCCCCACCAGAGCCCUUCGGAGAAGACCCAACUCUACUUGGAGUAGGCACCAGAGGGAGGAAAGGAUGGUGGGGUGUGUACCUCCCUGGGAAUUAACCCUCUCCUGCUUUCCUGCUAACCUCUUCCUGCUGCAACCCUGCCACCAGUUUUUGGCUUACUACUGAGGUAGAGCUUACAAGCAAGGAGAUGGAGAUGAGGUAGGACAAGAUGCCACUGCUUUUCUUAGCGCUCCUCCCUCCCCCAAACUAUCCUUCAGUCUCCUAACAGAAUCUCCUCCACCAGUGUCUCUAAAUGGACAUGAACUCCUUAGUACUCAAGUGAGGUGGUACUCCAGCCAUCCUGCUUCCUUACACCUUUUGGAACAGGGCACGGUAUAAAUAAUAAACAAAUAAUAACGUA